GGCACAGCGCCGCAUCACACCGACAGAGUGCGUCAAACAGACCCGAGAAACAAACCAUUUCAACUCUUUUACUGAGAGUGACUCGUGCUCACUCGCGGAGCCGUGAUGCUCCAUAUCAUGUAGGGUUGGACUCUUUCUUUUUCAAUCCCGUUUUUCUUUUUUCUUUUCUUUUUCUGUAUUUUUUUUUUUACCGGAUAGCCUGAAAAACUGUGAACUGCUUCUUGUCACGCUGUCGGAGUCCCAUUCAUCGGGAGCCUGGAGCCUUGAACCGAGAGGGGAACUUUCUGUGACAAGAACAAGUAGCCCGACGUCGACACCUGGAGGAGUUUGUGAUAUAUCAGUCCUGACAACAUGAGUGAACAGAGUAUCUGCCAGGCGCGAGCCGCUGUCAUGGUGUACGAUGAUGCCAAUAAAAAGUGGGUCCCAGCCGGAGGAUCCACGGGCUUCAGCAGAGUCCACAUCUACCACCACACAGGCAACAAUGCCUUCCGUGUGGUGGGGCGCAAGAUCCAGGAUCAUCAGGUGGUGAUAAACUGUGCCAUUCCCAAGGGGCUGAAGUACAACCAGGCCACGCAGACCUUCCACCAGUGGCGGGAUGCCCGACAGGUCUACGGCCUCAACUUUGGCAGCAAGGAGGACGCCAACGUAUUUGCCAGUGCCAUGAUGCACGCUCUGGAGGUGCUCAACUCCCAGGACGCAGGUCCAACAUUGCCCCGGCAGGCCCCCCAGGUUCAGAAUGGCCCCACACCGGAGGAGAUGGAGCUGCAGAGAAGGCAGCUUCAGGAGCUGCAGAAGCAGAAGGAGGUGGAGCGCGAGCGUCAGGAGCGUGAGCGCCUGGAGCGAGAGAUGCAGGAUCGUGAGCGACAGGAGCGCGAGCAUCAGGAGCGCGAGCGCCAGGAGAGGGAGGCACAGGCGGAGCGAGAGAGGCUGGAGCGGGAGCGCCAGGAGCAGCAGGAGCGUGCCGAGCGCGAGCUGAUGGAGAGGGAGAAGGCGGAGAGAGAGCGACAGGAGAGAGAGCAGCAGGAGCAGUUGGACAGAGAGCAGCAGGACUGGGAGAGAGGGAGACGCAUCUCAAACGCCGACAGCACCCCCGGGUUGGCCACCCCUCCCCCACCUCCACCCCUGCCACCCAGCUCCACUGUGACCUCAGCUACCGCCACCCCAGCCGUCACCCCCACCACCCCAGCCGGCCAUCCUCCCCCGCCCCCACCUCCUCCACUCCCUCCGACGCUGACUCCAGGCGGGACCCCUCCUCCUCCCCCAGGUCCACCCCCUCCUCCCGGAGCCCCACUCCCUCCCCCAGCACCACCCCUACCCGCCGGACUGUUCUCUCCUGCGGAGGAUCGUCCCGCCUCAGGCCUGGCCGCGGCCCUCGCUGGAGCCAAGCUGCGCAAAGUGCCAAGGAGUGAUGAUGCAGGGGCAGCUCUGGCAGCAGCCAUGUUGGGGGCUGCAGGGGCUGCGGGGGCCAAAGCUGAAGCCAGAGGGAACGGGCCCGUGCCUGGAGGAAGCGGGCUGAUGGAGGAGAUGAGCGCCCUGUUGGCCAGGAGGAGAAGAAUUGCAGAGAAGGGCUCCUCACCUGAACCCGACCAGAGAUCAGAGGAGGGCGAGAUAAACACGACUCCUAAGAUGUCAGCCUGUAGCACACCAGACAUGCCGAGGAAGCCAUGGGAAAGACAAAACACCAUGAACGGUAGCAAAUCCCCCGUCAUCGGAAGACCUAAAUCCACUCCUACACCUACUGCGUCCCUAAGUGCCAACGGUGUGUCAACAGAAACUAUUGACUACGAUAGAUUGAAACAGGACAUUCUGGAUGAGAUGAGAAAGGAGCUGUCGAAGCUAAAAGAAGAGCUCAUUGAUGCCAUCAGGGAGGAGCUGGGCAAGUCCAGCACAGCAUAAAGGAUCCAGACUCCCCUCUUCACAAAAUCUUCAUCCACGAGAGCCGACAGACCACCAGACCACGGUCAAUUCAAGACGAGACAAUACAAGAGGGGAAACACAGAACCGACGAGAGCUGAGACCGUGAUGAUGAUGACAAUGAUCAUAUUAAUGCUUGGAGAGGACUUUAUGUGGGGCAGAGCAGCUUCGGACACGACAACAACAAUGGACAGGGUGGGUGGGGCUGGGGAGGGGGGGUGGGUUGGGUGUUUGGGGGGGGGGGGGUAUUUCUCAGAUAGCGAUGACUCAAAAUCCACUCAACGAAUCCUGUCCCUGCUGCCUCCCCCGCCCCUCCUCUCACUGAGGCAUCCUGGAGGACAGCGCACAGUCUGAAAGAGAAGCUAGUGUCUUUAUGCAAAGAUGAUUUCUCUUCAUUUGGUCCUAAAAUAACCAGAGAAAACACUUCAACGAUAUCGAACUCUUUAAUAAUACUGUACUAACCACGGGCGCAGCGUACGUGAGCAGUAGCAUCGAUGCUAAAAACCUUGUGAUUUACUAUCAAACAGCACGUUUUACUGAGAGAGAGUGGAGACUGGAGGACGGUAGGGAUGGAAAAUACGAACUUUUUUUCCCAUACUGCCAUAGGGGUAGCGUGUGCGUGUGUGUGCGUGCGUGCGUGUGUGUGUGUGUGAGAGAGAGAGAGAGCGUGAGAGAGAGUUUGUAUAGGGGACUGACGGUCUCCUGUGAGGUCCACCACUGCAGGACACUGUAAAGCUUGUCUUCCUCAAAUACUAUUUUAACCUGAAAAUGUACAAAAGAGAGAAAAAGUUAUUUAGAAAAAAAGUAUCUAUCAACCAUGUCUGUGUCCGUGUCCACCUCGGGCCAUAUCAAGUCCAUGAAUAACCCCGUCUGUACGCAGGGCGCUCUCUCGUCUGUCUCCUCUCUGAAGUGUCGUCUCCCUCCUGAAGAGAGCGACCCGCGCUGAUGUUCCUCCUCUUUUCUUUGUUCAUACUGUGGAGCGGGCGAGACCAGACGAGACGAGCAGCUGCCUGUCAGUGUAGCUCUCUACCAAACUUUAUAUCUGUUAACAAGAAGUGCUGAUUUGCUAACACUGAUUUGUCAUACUCGUCUGCCGCGGCCAGCCGGACGUGUAGAUAGGACUGACUUUUCCUCGCUCUGAUUCGAAGACUCUCUCUCCCUUUUUUCUCUUUCAGUCUUUGUUCUUUUCGUCAUAUUUAGGUACAACAUUUGAUGCAUGUAUGGUUGUUUUCUUUAUAUGUUAAGGGUCACAAGUCUGCCAAGAAAUUGCAUUAAUAGUCACACAUUUAUUAUAAGCAAUAAGUGUAGCAUCUAUUUGAAAGCCCGCCUGCACCAGUUCUUACUCCACCAGAUAUCCUCCAUGUCUGUGUCCUUCUCGGCCUCUGGGGCCUCCACCACGAAGUUUGGUGUCAGACUGAAGGCCAAACGCGUGAACGGAUAUCAGAGCAACACUGUAGGACAUGGAGUAACACCGUUACAGAAUCACACUUUUUCAGUUUUGAUAUAUUUUCUAUAAAACUUGAGGAGAGUGUAACUGAAGCCACAUUGGAGCUGAGCUGUUUUUUUUUAUCCUUUAUUUUUAUUUUUACUGCGUUUAUGUGAAAUGUGCACAGGACAUCCAUGAUGUGUAAAGGUUGGUGUCCGUAUGAGGACGUGAUCGUGCCAUUUACUCUUUCACCAGUGCUUAGUGAUGAUUCUUUGUUUCUCUUUUGGCCUUUUUUCUGUCUGACACUCUGUUUUCUCUCCUGUUAUAUUGCACCGAUAAGGGAACUGUCCGUUUGUUCUUCAGUCAUCAUUUCAGCCCAAUGCUCUUUUUGUUCCCCUUGAAGCUCAAAGUACAAUCAACCUGACAUGCUGGGAUCGUAGAGACUGAUGUCUAAAUACUGUAGCUGUUGUUGAUCAUAUCAAGACAACUGGUGACAGUCCACCUUAACAUUUCUCUUAUAGUCUUGGGAACUCGAAUACAAUCACAGCCGGACACAGCAGCUUCUGCAGCACAAGCCAGGCUGAUGAAAACUACCUCUUGAUCCUCCUGCAGUUUCCACAUUGACAUGAUAUCCUAGAGUAAUUUAGCAUCUGUGAUUUGAAUCUCAAGUGGUGCAUGCAUCAAAUUCAGAAGCAAUAGAGUGAGAAUACACGGCACAAGAAAAGCUCAUCCAGCUCUUUAAAACGUACAUGAGUGGAUCAGAAGUUUGGAGACCUUUUGGGCACAUGUUGUGAAAAAGAAGUCAUAACUGUAAUCAACACGGGACAGCAUGUCCUGACUUCUGGUGCCACUAUCUCAGAUGACGUUUCCUAGCUUGAUAAAUGUGACCUUAUCCAAACUGUCUUCACAGUAGGUCUUGUUACAAACGGAGUAUCAGUAUGUUUAAAGUUCAGGAGAGCUUGCUGAGGAGUUCUCAUCAUGCCUUGCUUGUGUGCUGAAGCUCGGUGAAAAGGGGUUUUCUGUCUGCCGCCGUCAGAUCAACUGUGGUCAAGGGCUUGGACAAUAUAGCUUUGCUGCAACUGGUUUGAGAGAAUCAUGUUUCUCUUCUUUGCUUUGGAGUGGGUCAAGUUUUGUUAGGGACAGUGGAAUGAGAAAGAUGUCUGGGUUCAUUCUGGUCCAGACACACAGAUGCCAUAAACCCAAAGUCAGGAGUUUUUGGUACCUUCUCUUGUUUAAGUCUCUUCCCUUCGCUGAAAGUAGUUUCCUCCUCUCCUCAUCAUCCUUCUCCAGCCAGGAAGCUCCUGUACUGCACUUUAAGACAGAAACCCACAGAGCAAUCCAACACACUCUGUCUCCGAUAGUUCAAAGCCUCUGUCACCACCGGUGCAGCUAUCUCACCAAAGGAUUCAACCUCGCAGUCUCCUGCUCAACGUAAUCACUCAACAAGUCGCCUUUCUUAUUUUUGUGUCAUUUUGUCCAGAGAUCUGUGACGUGAUGGGGGCUGAAAUGUGGGGAAGCUUAUCUCUGUGUGAAGCUAUGUGGUUUGUGCCUUGUUCCAAAGUUGCAUUUAAUAUGUUGAAGAUCUAAAGAUGACUAGUAAUAAUGUCUAGAGACCGUCGUUCUGAUCUCGUGCAUCCUGUUUGGAUCGUUUUGAUUUGAAGGAUUCCUCACCAACAAACAUCUUCACUCUUUUCUUUCUUCCUUUUUUUUUAUUAUUUGACAUAAAUGUGAUUUAUUUCCAUGCUGAUGGGAGGUUGCUUUGAACUGCUCAGAAGUACAAUCAAACCUUUGAGAUAGGAGGCCUAAGAGGGUUCGUGAACAGUCUGAGAGGGUUUUGAAAAAGUCCAGUUUGAAAGUCCAGAUAAGACUGGCUGCAGUGUUCUGUAAUCCCUCACACCAUUUUUAAUGUCCCAUUGUCCGUCUGUGUUCAGCAGCUUAGUUUUCUUAUCAAGCUUGAGCACCAGUGAGAUCUUCUCUGCGCUGACGGCAGACUGACGAUGGAAACGUUGAUAUGUGUCUGUAAUCCCGGUGUUCUGCUGAAGGAACAGAGAACAUGAUGAAUCUGCAGAGGCGGAGAUAGCUGGGUGGGGUUCCAGACAUAUUCUUUUAUCAUCUGCAUUGUACCAUACUGUUCUCAUGUUAAUUAGUCUUUUCUUACAUGCUAACAUAUUGUUUUGUUUGAGCAGAUUAAAUAAAAAUUGCAAUACAAGA